CAAAAACAUACCCGAUGAAAAUAAAAAUUAGGACAAAUGAAUGUAUGCAAAAUCCAAAAAAAAAAAGUUAAGAGAGAAGUGUUAAACCCAACCAUUUUCUUGACUUGAUAAUAAGCUCCAACGCCUUUCUUCUUCUUCUUCUAAUCUUCUUCCUCGUCGCUCUCCGCUGCGUCCUCUUUCCCGGAAAAUCCUCUCGAUCAAUUAAUUCUUGCGAAGUGAGGGAGAGAGAGAGGAAACCAUAGCUUAAUUCAAAGUUAAAGCUAAUGGAAGUCUGCAAUUGCAUCGAGCCUCAAUGGCCGGCCGAUGAAUUGCUGAUGAAAUACCAAUACAUCUCCGAUUUCUUCAUCGCCAUCGCGUAUUUCUCAAUCCCUCUCGAGCUAAUAUACUUCGUCAAAAAAUCCGCCGUCUUCCCUUAUAGAUGGGUCCUGGUUCAGUUCGGAGCCUUCAUCGUUCUCUGCGGAGCAACACAUCUCAUCAACUUAUGGACUUUCACUACACAUUCAAGAACCGUGGCGCUCGUCAUGACCACCGCGAAGGUGCUAACCGCCGUCGUCUCCUGCGCCACUGCGUUGAUGCUUGUACACAUUAUCCCCGACCUCCUCAGCGUCAAGACCCGGGAGCUCUUCUUGAAAAACAAAGCCGCCGAGCUCGACAGAGAGAUGGGACUGAUCCGGACUCAGGAGGAAACAGGAAGACACGUGAGAAUGCUGACGCACGAGAUCAGAAGCACUUUGGAUAGACACACUAUCUUGAAAACCACGCUUGUUGAGCUUGGAAGAACAUUAGCUUUGGAAGAAUGUGCGUUGUGGAUGCCUACGAGAACCGGUUUAGAGCUACAGCUCUCUUACACGCUUCGUCAGCAGCAUCCGGUUGAGUACACGGUUCCUAUUCAGUUACCGGUGAUCAACCAAGUCUUUGGUACUAGCCGCGCCGUGAAGAUAUCUCCGAACUCUCCUGUGGCUAGGCUGAGACCUGUCUCCGGGAAGUAUAUGCUCGGGGAAGUAGUCGCGGUGCGGGUUCCGCUUCUCCACCUUUCGAAUUUCCAGAUUAAUGACUGGCCUGAGCUUUCGACUAAGAGAUACGCGCUCAUGGUCUUGAUGCUUCCUUCUGAUAGUGCUAGGCAAUGGCAUGUUCAUGAGCUGGAACUCGUUGAAGUCGUUGCUGAUCAGGUGGCUGUGGCGCUCUCACACGCUGCGAUCCUAGAAGAGUCGAUGAGAGCUAGGGACCUUCUCAUGGAGCAGAACGUGGCACUUGAUCUAGCGAGACGAGAAGCAGAGACAGCGAUACGUGCGCGGAACGAUUUCUUGGCGGUUAUGAACCAUGAGAUGCGGACUCCGAUGCACGCGAUCAUCGCGCUUUCUUCUUUACUCCAAGAAACGGAGUUAACACCAGAGCAAAGGCUGAUGGUGGAAACAAUACUAAAAAGCAGUAACCUUUUAGCGACUUUGAUGAACGAUGUCUUGGAUCUUUCGAGGUUAGAAGAUGGAAGUCUUCAACUUGAACUCGGGACAUUCAAUCUUCAUACUUUAUUUAGAGAGAUUCUUAACCUGAUAAAGCCUAUCGCCGUUGUUAAGAAGCUACCCAUCACGUUAAAUCUCGCACCGGAUUUGCCUGAAUUCGUCGUCGGAGACGAGAAACGGCUGAUGCAGAUCAUAUUGAAUAUAGUUGGUAACGCUGUAAAAUUCUCUAAACAAGGUAGUAUCUCUGUAACAGCUCUUGUCACAAAGUCAGACACUCGAGCUCCUGACUUCUUUGUUGUACCAACGGGAAGUCAUUUCUACUUGAGAGUAAAGGUGAAAGAUUUGGGAGCAGGGAUAAAUCCUCAAGACAUUCCCAAGCUUUUUACGAAAUUCGCUCAAACGCAAUCUUUAGCUACGAGAAGCUCAGGAGGUAGUGGGCUUGGUCUCGCCAUCUCCAAGAGGUUUGUGAAUCUGAUGGAGGGUAACAUUUGGAUUGAGAGUGAUGGUCUUGGUAAAGGAUGCACUGCGAUCUUCGAUGUUAAACUCGGGAUUUCAAACGAAUCUAAACAGUUAGGGAUACCGAAAGCUCAAGCGAAUCCACGGCAUGCGAAUUUCGCCGGACUUAAGGUUCUUGUCAUGGAUGAGAACGGGGUAAGUAGAAUGGUGACGAAGGGACUUCUUGUUCACCUUGGAUGCGAUGUGACAACAGUGAGUUCAAGCGAGGAGUGUCUCCGAGUUAUGUCUCAUGAGCACAAAGUUGUCUUCAUGGAUGUAUGUAUGCCAGGUGUCGAAAACUACCAGAUCGCUCUCCGUAUACACGAGAAAUUCACGAAACGCCACCAACGGCCACUGCUCGUGGCGCUUACCGGUAACACAGACAAAUCCACGAAGGAGAAGUGUAUGAGCUUUGGUCUAGAUGGUGUUUUGCUCAAACCAGUAUCUUUAGACAACAUGAGAAACGUUCUCUCUGAUCUUCUAGAACACCGUGUUCUGUACGAGGCUAUGUAAAAUGGCAUUGCCUCAGCCGCAGAGGGAGUUAUCCGGCGCGUUUCCCGGCUUUUUCUCUCCGCCGUAGGACAUCGGACGGUGAUGUUUUCUCUGGUUUAAUGUGUACAUAUCAGAGAGAUUGUUGGGAGCAUUUUGGAUGAUUAAAAACAAGAAUAACGAAAACUGAAACUGUAGACCGGUCUGUAUCGUGGAGGUUCCGGUUUGCAAGAGGAAGAACCCGUUGGCGGUGAAAUUUACCAUUUCAAUAUUGCAUGUCUGACCUGUGUUGUUGUAUUCUUAUAUAGUUUACAUUAGGUUUUGCACCCACGAGUGGAUUUUGUUUUUAAUAUAAUUUUAUUAAAAGAUUUCAGCUAAAAUACAUAAUUUUAAAUAUUAUUAUUGGUCAAUAGUUGUCUAUAAAUAUUCAUUGUUUUAAUAGACUUAACGUGGG